AUGGCGCGACAGCUGCGGCGCUCUUCACAAAUAUUGAUACACACAGAUGGUGCUCGAGUCGAGUGGCGGGCGGACACCGGCCCCGGCCGUUUAGCAAGUAUAAUACGGCGGCCGCCGACGCGUGACGUCACCGCCGCGUGUUUGGCGACCGCGCCGGGACGGCCCGGCCGAGCAGAAGGGAAGGCUUCUGCUCCAGUCGCCGUGCCAGAUGGCCGCGAGGGCGUCGUCCGGCAAGUGUCGAGGGCUGUUUACAGCGGCCGCGGGCUCGGACUAGAAACUGCUCUAUUCCUUGUUUUACGUCUCGCGGGGCGCCUCCUCGCUCCUGCCCCAGGCCAGGCUCGCCCCGAGGGCCCCGUCCGCCGCUCUGCCCCCGCCGCCCCCACCACCCCCGCCGCGCGCCAGUCAAGAACCGGGCUAAUCCCGCAGCGCCGCGCCGGAUCGGAUCGGAUCUGCCGGGAUCGCCACCGCCGCCGGUCCCCCGCCUUGUCGCGCGUUAUUCAUCGGCGCGGCUAUGCUAAAUGUCGCCCUCCCCUGCUAGCCUCUUGUGUGCAGAAAGUAGCGGCCGCCCCCACGCCGCCCCCGCCGCCGCCGCCACGUCGCUCCUUGUGUAAUCUGCGCGCCGCCCAUUGUUGUUGGCUUUGCGUGCGCCGGCGCGGGCGCGGCGGGCUGCUCCCUAAAUAUUUGGCUUUCCCUGCUUGUCAUAAUCUGCCCGACUCGCGGCCCCCACUCACGCUGCAGACUCGUGUGUCGUGA